AUGGCUGCUGCAAUAUUAGCAGUUCGAGACAAGAAAAUGGGCUAUUUAAAGGCAGCAAAAACUUAUAAUGUACCCAGAACCACCUUAUUUCGACUUGUUCAAGAAAAUGACAGUUUGUUAGAAGAUACUCUGACCAAAAAGAUAGGUCGCAGACCAGUAUUUAAUAAGGUUUUUGAGGAAAUGUUGGUGAAAUAUGCCCUUGUUAUGGAACAAAAAUUAUAUGGUUUGACUCGAAUGGAUAUGAGAAGGAUAGCAUAUCAACUUGCUGUUAAAAAUAAUGUGCCCCAUCCAUUCCAUGACGACAGAGCUGGCAGAUACUGGCUCAAAGGAUUUCUUGCGAGGCACAAGCAAACUUUAUCAAUACGCAAGCCCACUGGAACAUCUUUUGCUAGAGCCAAUGGAUUUACAAAAGCAAGAAUGGACGAGUUUUAUCAAAAUCUUGAGAAAGUUUAUGACGAAAAAAAGUUCACGGCUAGUAGGAUUUUUAAUGUUGACGAAACAGGACUGUCAAUUGUACAAAGCAAAUAUCUCAAAGUGAUUGGUCGCCGAGGAAAAAAGCAAAUUGGAGCUAUGUCGUCUGCUGAAAGGGGAACUCUCAUAACAGUGGUGACCUGUAUGAGUCCAGCUAGUGUAUUUGUACCGCCAAUGAUGAUUUUCUCGCGCAAAAAUAAUAGCGACCUAUUAAAGAAAGGCUCUCCUGAGGGUUCUAUUAUCCGAGUACAUCCUUCUGGCUGGAUACAAACACAUUUAUUCACGCAGUGGUUUGAACAUUUUAUCGAUUAUGUAAAGCCGUCCGAAUCCUCACCAGUUCUCCUCUUAUUUGACGGUCAUUUCAGCCAAACAAAGAAUAUCGAGCUCAUAGAUAAAGCUAGACUUUGA